AUGUCUUCACUCGCUUCCGUCAUUUUCUUUUCAUUAUAUUUUUCGUUCGUCUUUUUCUCUUCUGCACAAUUACCUCUUCAAAUUGUUCUCUUUUUUGUCCUUCAAAAUAUAAUUCUUCCUUUGCUUAUCAGCUUUCCUUCUUCUCAAUCUUCGAUCUACCUUUGCUCUCUCUCUCUCUCUCUCUCUCUCUCUCUCUCUCUCUAUCUAUCUAUCUAUCUAUCUAUAUAUAUAUAUAUAUAUAUCUAUAAAGGGAAGAGGAAUGUCCCAUCGGCUGUCAGUGCUAUAGUGAAGCUGUUUACUUCGUCACUAAUGGCUUUUGGGGAAAGAAAGAUUGGUAGGCUUUCUGUCAACCGAUCAUGUGCCACUUCAAUAUUUUUUUUUUUUUUUUUUUUUUUUUUAUGUUUUCUUCCUCCUUUCUUUUGGCCUUUCUUUUUUGUUUUCUUUGUUUUCCUUUUCUUUUUUUUUAUACUUUUCUUUUUUCUUUUUUCCUUAAAUCUUUCUUUCUUUCAUUAUUUCUUUCUUUUUUUUUUAUUCUUUCCUUAUUUCUUUUUUUCUUUCUUUCUUUUUUUUCCUUCUUUCUUUCUUUCUUUCUUUAUUUCUUUCUUUCUUUCUUUUUCUUUCUUUCUUUCCUUAUUUCUUUCUUUCUUUCUUUUCCUUUUUCUUUCAUUUUUCUUUUUCUUUCCUUUUCUUUCCUUAUUUCUUUCUUUCUUUCAAUUUCAAUCUUUCUUUCUUUCAUUUAUUUUUCUUUCUUUCUUUUUUUCUUUUUUUUUUUCCUUAUUCUUUCUUUUUCUUUCUUUUUUUUUCUUCAAUUCACAAAUUUUUUUUUUCAUGAUUUUUUUUUUUUCCUUUUUCUUUUUUCAUUUUUUUCUUCUUUCUUUUUUGUUUCAUAUAUUUUCUUUCAAUUCUUUCUUUUCUUUUAUUGUUUCUUUCUUUCUUUCUUUCUUUCCUUAUUUCUUUCUUUAUUUAUUUAUUUCUUUAUUUCUUUCUUUAUUUAUUUAUUUCUUUCUUUCUUUGUCUCCCUAA